AUGGCGAGCGCCUCGUCCCCUGCAACCGUGCAGCAGCAGCAGCAGCAGCAGCAGCAGCAGCAACUGCAGCAGCAGGAGCAGCACCAGCGGCGACUGCAGCAGGAGCGGCGACAGCUGUUAAUUGAACACCAGCAGCAGGUGAAGCGGGAGCUGCAGCAGCAGCGGCUGCUGCGGCAGCAGAACCAAAGAGAGCAAGCAGAAGCACUACAGCGGCAGCGACAGCAGCAGCAGCAGCAGCAGUGGCUACGCAUGCAGCAGCAGCAUCAGCAGCAAUCUCUGCAGCUAAAAAACCUAGAAGAAAGCAGCAGUGGCUACGCAUGCAGCAGCAGCAUCAGCAGCAAUCUCUGCAGCUAA